AUGACGGGCGAUUGGAGUGUCGAUGUUCCUACCUAUGAUGCUGUCUUUUCUGCGUUUGCAAAACAAUGGCCUCAGCUGCCGGAAGAGCUGAAAGUUUGCGACGAAAAGACAGACAGCCAGACUGGAGAGCUCGAUGUUCGGAUAUACAAGCCUGCCUCUGACAAACCGCUGCCGCUUAUGAUCUAUUUUCCAGGAGGGGGAUACAUUGCCGGCAAUCUUGACACUGAGGAUGCUCACUGUCGCAUCUUCGCAGCGAAGGUGCCCUGUCUGGUUAUCAGCGUGAAUUAUCCCAAGGUACCCACCGUCAAUCUCGACGAUAUCAUUGAUCUUGCUAGCAAAGCAGUUCCUUGGUGCCGCAACAAGGCCGAGGAGCUGGGUGAUGAUCCUACAAAGACUGUCGUGUCCGGCGGCUCUGCCGGGGCCAUGCUCGCCGGUCAGGUAGCAUACCGCUUCAUGUCUGAAGGAGACUAUACCUCCAUCACCGGCUGUGUCCUGCUCUUUGCUGUAACCCUGUCCUGGAAGUAUGAUGGCGAGUACAAGCACAUGUACACAGCUUGGGAAGAGAACGGACACGCGGGAACUCCAGUCUUCGGGCUCGAGCUCGCCAAAUUCAUCUGGUCUCAUUUCGACAUUGACUUUGAUAGCCCGCGCCACCUCAUUGGGCUCGCCGACGAUCUCUCAAAGUUUCCUCCUUGCUACAUUGUCACAGCAGAGAAGGACUGUUUCCGAGAUGAUGGGAAGGUGUUGGACCUCCGACUCAGACAAAGCGGUGUCAGAAGCAGGCUCGACCAUUACGAAGGGCUCCCCCACUACUUUCACGCCUUCCCCAGUCUGGCGGUCGCGCACGAAAUGAUGGGCAAAGCUGUCGAAGGAGCUCGGUUCGUCUUGGCGUAA